AACACAAUUUAAUUCGAAUAUUUUUUUUCUAAUCGAAUACUCGAGUUAAUCGAUUAAUCGUUGCACCACUAGUUACCAGCCACCUCUGGAGAUAAGUGACUCAAGCAUACCACGAGAGGGGGCUCGCAUAACAGUAGCGUGCCACACUUUAAGGCGUUAGCAUUUGGCACGUUUGCCCUCUGGCAUUCACUGCUUCAGUGAAAAUAUGUAGCUAGCAGGUAUUCUGACCAGUCAAGCUGAAUUUCUUCAGAUAAAUGGUGACUCACGUGACAUUUUACUUUUUCUCACACUACAUCUUGUUUCGUUUGUGAUUAUCUGAAAUCUUCUUUCUUUAGAAUUUUGUGAUCUGUAUUCUGGUGCUCGGCCAGAGCAGACCGGUUUGUUGGGUUUGACAAAAGCUGGAAAGCUUGUGAAGGCUGGAAGGGUGCACAAAAGCAGGGCCUCUUUACAAGGGGCCGCAAAGAAACUAAAGGACGGCAUUGUCGGGAAAUUGCAAGAGUGCAUGACAUCAGCCCUGGACAGGCGUGAUGUAUGCAGUCCGCAUAAUUCACCUAAAUUAUACAGACCAAAGUAUGCUGACAACAGUCAGUGGUUAAGCUGAAGCCAAUCGGAAUUUUUAAUCUUACCAAGGCGUUUUGGACAAAUGUUAUGUUCCCAAAUCUGUUUAAGACUGCAGAGUUUAUGAGGGGUGCUUGGCACAGAUUACUGCUGAAGAACAUGACCCCAUCAAACAUUUCUGAAUUAGUGAGACAUAACUAUUACCAUUAUUAUUAUUAUUAACGUGGCUGAAUACUCACUCUACUGCAGUGGUAGACAGUUAAAUCAUUGUACAGUCCCUGACAAAAGUCUUGUCGCUUAUCCAUUUUGUAGAAACAAUUGCUAAUAACCUGACUUUUAAUUAUUCAACUGGUUUCAGAAAUGGCUCAUAUGAAAGCUAAGACCCUCCCAAAUGAUGUUGAAUGUAUAAAAAUUAGGGCUGUCAAACGAUUAAAAAUUUUAAUCGAGUUAAUCACAGCUUAAAAAUUAAUUAAUCGUAAUUAAUCGCAAUUCAAACCAUCUAUAAAAUAUGCCAUAUUUUUCUCUAAAUUAUUGUUGGAAUGGAAAGAUAAGACACGAGACGGAUAUAUACAUUCAACAUACUGUACAUACAUACUGUAUUUGUUUAUUAUAACAAUAAAUCAACCAGAUGGCAUUAACAUUAACAUUCUGUUAAAGCGAUCCAUGGAUAGAAAGACUUGUAGUUCUUCAAAGAUAAAUGUUAACACAAGUAAUGGAAAUUUUAUAUUACAACCCCUCUUAAUGUUUUCGUUUUAAUGAAAUUUGUAAAAUUUUCAAUAAAAAAAUAAACUAGUAGCUUGCCAUUGUUGAUGCCAGUAAUUAUACAAUGCUCAUUGUGCUGAAACCCAUAAAAUCAGUCACACCCAAGCGCCAGCGGAAGGCAACAAAACACCAAAAAACACACGUAACAAGUGGACAUGACACCGUGCUGUCAUUUUAAUCUGUUUGCGCGCGGAAUGUGCGUUAAUUGCGUCAAAUAUUUUAACGUGAUUAAUUUAAAAAAUUAAUUACCGCCCGUUAACGCGAUAAUUUUGACAGCCCUAACAAAAAUAUAUUUGUUUCACUGAAAAAAGAUUUAUCAUUUAAUGAAGACAUAAAGGUCAAAUUUUGGCAAGACAAAAGUUUUGUCGCCUACAGAAAGUAGUGUGAAAAUUGAACAAAAAAAUGUACUUCAAAUACAAAAAUAUGUUACAAAACAUAAGCGAAUUUAGUAGUGGUGCUGUGAGAUGCAAAUUUAAUAUUUUGUAUGACUUCCAUGGGCUUGAAGGACUGCAUCCAUGCUGUUUGGCAAGGAUUCAUACAAUUGAUUGAUGAAAUCAUCAGGAACAUCAAAGAAAGCAGUCUUGCAUGCCUCCCAGUGUUCAUCAACAUUGUUGGGUUUCGUCUUCCAUGCUUCCUCUUUUAUCCUACCCCAGACAUGCUAAAUGAUGUUCAUGUCUGGUGACUGGGUUGGCCAGUCCUGGAGAAUCUUGAUCUUUUUCCGCUGCAGCAGAGCUCCACGAGAUCUGGUCACCUGAAGUCCCUGUGUCAACCAGAACAGUCUGUCGAAUUCUGUCAAGAAAUGGCCUGCAUGGUCGAAUCAGUGCCCAGAAACCAGCAUUAAACAAAAGACAAUUAAAAAAAAAAAACGUGUGGCAUUAGCCAAGGCCCACAGAAAAGGAGGAUGCUGGAAAAGUGGCAAAAGGUGGAUUUUUCAGAUUAAUCUUCCAUUGAAUUACUCCACAGUCGCCGCAAAUAUUGCAGGAGACCUACUGGAGCCCGCAUGGAUCAGAGAUUCACUCAGAAAACAGUGAAGUUUUGUGGUGGCAAAAUCAUGGUCUGGGGUUACAUCCAGUAUGGGGGUGUGCGAGAGAUCUGCAGGGUGGAAGGCAACAUAAAUAGUCUGAAAUAUCAACAAAUCUUAGCUGCCUCUUACAUUCCUAACCAUUAAAAGGGACAAAUUCUGCAGCAGGAUGGUGUUCCAUCAGAUACUUCAAUCUCUACCUUAAAGUUCCUCAAGGCAAAGAAGAUCAAGAUCUGUCAACAUUGAAGCGUGCUCACAUACAACCCAUGUUAUUACUGCUUGUUUUCUGCCGGUAGUCUUUCAUAAAGAGAACAUCCCGAUUAAAUACUGCUGUUGUGGAACUUGUAGAAACAAAUCUAGACAUUAUGACCGUCCCGUUUUCUUCAUAUGUAAGCCAAAAUCUCAGUGGGAAAAAAUGUGAACAAUGGAUUAACUUGUGCGGACGUCCAAAAGAUGAAGCCAUUCACCUUCAUAUGCAGUAAAUAUUCUGUUGGGGGCCAUGGUCUUACAGAUGACAAUCCUGAUCCCUUGCCUGCCCCGAAGAGGUAAGCCAUUUUGAUAUUUUUACUUAUUUUAAAGCGUGGUGUUUUGCCGUGCUGCUUCUGUCUGACAAUGAAUUACCUAAAAAAGAAAAUUUAAAUGGUAUCUGGCUGCCACUGUUGUUACCUUUUCUGUUGUAAAAAAAAUUGAUUUGGGUUGAAAAAAAAUGUAUUCAUACUAGGGGUGUCAAACGAUUAAAAAUUUUAAUCGCGUUAAUUAAAGAAAUUAUUUAAUCGUAAUUAAUUGCAAUUAAUCGCAAUUCAAACCAUCUAUAAAAUAUGCCAUAUUUUUCUGUUAAUUAUUGUUGGAAUGGAAAGAUGAGACACAAGAUGGAUAUAUACAGUCGACAUACGGUACAUAAGUACUGUAUUUGUUUACUAUAACAAUAAAUCAACAAAAUGGCAUUACCAUUAUUAACAUUCUGUUAAAGCGAUCCAUGGAUAGAAAGACUUGUAGUUCUUAAAAGAUAAAUGUUAGUACAAGUUAUAGAAAUUUUUAUAUUAAAACCCCUCUUAAUGUUUUCGUUUUAAUAAAAUUUGUAAAAUUUUCAAUCAAAAAAUAAACUAGUAGCCCGCCAUUGUUGAUGCCAAUAAUUACUUACACAAUGCUCAUGGGUGCUGAAGUUGCACCCAAGCGCCAGCAGAGGGCGACAAAACCCCGAAAAACACAACAAGUACACAUUUCACUGCGCUGUCCUUUUAAUGUUUGAGCGGGGCAUGUGCGUUAAUUGCGUCAAAUAUUUUAACGUGAUUAAUUAAAAAAUAAUAAUUAAAAAAAAAGAAAAAAAGCCAUGUUCGGCCUUGAUCUUUUUGUAGUAAUCAUGUUCAUGCCGACAGGAAGGCUCUAGAUUUAACAGCUUUACUUUUCUGUUGUAAAGAAACAACUUUUGUAAGGGGGGAAGUGUAAUUAAGAUUUGUUACUAAAGAAAAAAAUGGACAUAUAAUAAUGUCUUUGCAUAGUUAAUUUGAGAUUUAGGGGGUACUUAAAGGGUUAAUUCCGAUUUACGCGGAGACUUGGGUUACGUCGCCAGCAUAAGAAUGGAACUCAUUUGUAACCCGGGGACUACCUGUACUGCGUGUAAUGAACAGUUUUCCAUAUACAAACAGCAAACAAAGUACAAAGAAUUUUUUGUUAAAUGCGUUUCUGGUUAGAAUUACUUGUAAGUGUGCCCGCAGCCCUAGUGAUAAAUAGAGUGUGUUUCACGCAUCAUAAUAUAGCACAUGGCCGACAUGAGGCAUGUUUGUGUUGGCCCACACAUUAGGCAGUGUGUAAACAUAUACAAUGGAGCACAUGCAGCGGCCUUCAUUGCCAACUAAAGGACAAGCGGCACAAGAAGGAGUUUGUCCAUUUAUAUACAAACAGAGCAGCAGUGUCAGUUUUUUCCCUCUUUUUGGGUCGGGUCAGGAAUGUGUGUUGAUAGGUUUCAAUGACUUAAAUGUGUUUCGCUAGCAACUUAAAAUUGUUUUGUUGUUUGUUUUUGUUUUGUAUUUUUGUGAGCCCCUUAUUUAAUUUAGAAAAUCAACCUACUCAAAGUAAAAUUUUCAUAUUACGUUUCCUGCCACUUUCUGACCUGAGUUUUUUUUAUUUAAAAAUUUUGAGUUUCUAGGCAAGCCUUACGUGCCACAGUGUUGUCUAAAUGGAGCUUAACUCAUCCCAACUACACUCCACUAGAUGACACUCAAGUGAUGCAGUCACUGCUUUGCAUAAGCAAAACAUUGAAUAGUUGAGUUUUCAGCAAAUAGAUUGAUUUUCAAAAGGAAAUCUGUGAAUAGGAAUAUUAGUGCCUCCCCCAGGGCAAACAGCUUGUGUUUGAACACCAGUAAGCACAGGUGUUAUGUUCUCCACACAUCUCUACUACUUUUCUCUUUUCCAGUUUGUUUCUUUCAUGCCAUCAGAUGAUCCCUGGAGAAGGUCACUGAGGUGAGACAUCAAGAAGAAGACAAGAAGAGACAUCAGGACAGAAGAGACGUUUCACCUCCGAGCGACUGAUUACAGAGGCGUGCCUCAUUCAUCUUCUCCAGUGUCACGCCUCGCUGGAGGCAAACAUGCCGGAGAGAAUCAGCAUAUCGGACUUUGUGGUUCUGACCAAUGAGGAUCUUUCGUCACCGGCCACGUCCACCUUUCAAGCCAAAAUGAACGACUGUCGGAGCACAGUGUCUGCCGUGGAGGAGUGUCUGGAGAUGGAUCACCUGACCUUACAAAAGAUGAAGAAAAUGAUCAAAGCCAUUCACAACUCCGGAACCACUCACAUGGAAGCCAAGGAGCAGUAUACGGAGGUCCUGGAGAAGCUGGGCAACAGCCAUAUGAGCCAAGACAACAACGAGGUCUCCAAGGGCUUUCUCAACCUGGCCGUGUUCACCCGAGAAGUCACGGCCCUGCUCAAGAAUCUGGUGCAGAACCUCAACAACAUCAUGGCCUUCCCUCUGGAAAAUGUGCUGAAAGCGGAGCUGCGCGACAGCAGAUUGGAGCUGAAGAAACAGAUGGAGAGGAGCUGGAAGGAGUACGACUUAAAAAUAGUGAAACUAGAGAAAGAGCGCAAGGAGAAAAGCAGGCAAGUCAUCCGGUCGGAGGGAUCAGACGGAGGGGAGGAUAUGGAGCGAGAAAGGAGGACCUUCCAGCUGCAGAUGUGUGAGUACUUAUUGAAGAUCGAGGAACUAAAGGUCCGUCAAGGUCCAGAUCUCCUCCAAAGCCUCAUAAAGUUCUUCCAGGCCCAGCUCAGUUUCUUUCAGGAUGGUCUUAAAGCUGCUGAAAAUCUCGCUCCCUUUGUGGAGAAACUGGCUUCCUCGGUUCACACGGUACGACUAGACCAGGAUGAGGAAGUCAGAAAGCUGACUCAACUAAGAGAUUCUCUUCGAUUGCUCCUUCAAGUGGAUGGCAAAGAGGAAUACCUAAAUAGGAAGAACUCUGGCAAUGGCUACAGCAUCCACCAGCCGCAGGGCAACAAGCAGUACGGGACAGAGAAGUCAGGUUUCUUGCUGAAAAAGAGUGAUGGGAUCAGAAAAGUGUGGCAGAAAAGGAAAUGUGGAGUCAAAUUUGGCUGUUUAACCAUCUCUCAUAGUACGAUCAACCGACCACCGGCCAAGCUAAACCUCUUGACCUGUCAGGUGCGACCGAACCCGGAGGACCGCAGAGCCUUUGACCUGGUUACUCAUAACCGAACAUACCAUUUCCAGACAGAAGACGAGCAGGAAUGUGUGAUUUGGGUGUCAGUGCUGCAAAACAGCAAGGAGGAGGCCCUGAACACAGCACUGGGUGGAGACCAGCUUCAUCUUCAAGACAGUGGACUACAAGAGCUUUCCAGAGCUAUCAUUGGCGAACUGCGCCAAAUGCCCGGCAACGAGGCCUGCGCUGACUGUGGAGCGCCAGAUCCAACAUGGCUGUCCACUAAUCUCGGAAUCCUGACCUGCAUUGAGUGCUCUGGGAUCCACAGAGAACUGGGUGUCCACUACUCCAGGAUUCAGUCACUGACUCUGGACCUGCUGAGCACUUCCGAGUUACUGUUGGCUGUCAGCAUUGGCAACACAAGAUUCAACGACAUUAUGGAGGCGGGUCUUCCUAGUGAUGCUGUAAAACCUUUACCACAAAGUGACAUGAAUGCCAGAAAGGAGUACAUUGUCGCCAAAUACGCUGAGCGCCGCUAUGUCCUGCGAAGGGAGACGACGGAAGCCGGCCAGCUGUGCGACGCCGUCAAGAGUCGAGACAUGACGUCUUUGCUGCAGCUCUUCGCCGAGGGGGCGGACCUCGCCAAACCGCUGUCCAUGUCUGACGGACAGGGUCUGAAAGAAACCUCUCUGCAUCUGGCUGUGCGCCUGGAAGAAAGAAGCUCUUUGGCCAUAGUGGACUUCCUGUGCCAAAACAGCAACUGCCUGGAGAAAAGGACAGCAGAAGGCAACACUGCUCUGCACUAUAGUGUCAUCCAUCACAAGCCCGAGUCACUUAAGCUACUUCUUAAAGCCAAAGCCACUCUUCACAUAGUGAACUCUGCAGGAGAAACUGCCCUUGAUAUCGCCAGGAGGUUGCAGCACACACAAUGUGUUGAGCUGUUGGAGCUGGCCCACAAUGGGAAAUUUAACUCUCAGAUUCAUGUCGAGUUCAUGUGGGACACUCAAGCUCAGGAGAUCUAUGACAGUGAGGACGACUUGGACGACAGGGUGAGUCCGCUACCUAAGAACCGCUCUCCUGUGUCCUCCAACGGAGGCGUGGGAGCGCGCUGGAGUGUUGUGAGCAGCGCGGGCGGUAACCCGGGCAGCAGACCUUGUCAGACCUAUGAGAACAUAGAGUUCCUCUACCGAAAUCCCCAGGCCAACAGCGCCCCCUCUGGCGUAGGUGUGCCACCUCCACUUCCUGCUAAAUCCAUUCCAAAAGGCCGCUCCGACCCUCAGCUCUCGGUCACAAUGCCGGAAGUCAACCCCCAGCUUCCCCGACGCGCUUCGAACCCGUCCACCAACACGCCUGCUUCCCAGACACAAGCCAGACAGAGCCCUCCAUCGCCCAGCAUUGAGAAUCAGGCCUCGAGUGGAAAAGCACACAAGACAAACAUGCUGAGGCCCAAUAGACAUUCCGGGGAAGUGCAAACCGCCACUGGGUCCCCCUCGCAAAGCGCUGCCGUGUCCUCUCAUAAUCACAUUGGGCCUGUCAGUUCGGAGAAGACCACAUCUUAUCGUCGCACCAACAGUGGAGGAUGCAACCAGGCCAAGUGCCCCGUGUUGUCUCCCACCAACAACCAGGAAGAACAAUAUUGUACUUUGGGGGGAAAUUGUGCCGGCCUUGGCCCUAUACCUGCUACUGUUGCACCCUCUUCUUCAACGGGCGUUACCCCUGCCCUGCGACCACGCCGAAAUGCUAUGGUUUCGGGCAACAGGCACCAUCAGAAGCGGGUGAAAGCGUUAGUGGACGGCAGACCGGCCAAUUCAGAGCAGCUGAGCUUUUUCAAAGAUGAGACCAUCGUGGUCACUGCCUCUACUGACCCCCAUUGGUGGGUCGGUUACAUAGAAGGAGAGCCCUCCAGGAGCGGGACCUUCCCUAUCAACUACGUCCAAAAAUUGGCAGAUUAAACACAUUUGCAAAUAACCAACUGAAUCAGCAUCGGCUGCUCGUUUGGCAUUAUUUCAUUAUGGUGGCCAAAUAGACUUUUUCUGCUAUUUUCCGACACGGAUUUAUUCGAACUGGAACGUGGCAAGCCAAUUUAGAACACUCCUCUGCAGAGACUGGACAAAGUAAUUUGAAACUCAAUCAGGAAUACAUUUUUUUAAAUUCCUCCAUCCUGAUACUGAACUUUUUUUUCCAUUUAAUUUUAUUUUUUUAGUUUGUAUUAACAGGUACGUCUUUCGAUAUACAAGUAUUUCUGUUUACUGGACUGUCUCAGAAAAUUAGAAUACACAAUAUUCUAAUUUUCUGAGACAGUCCUGUAUAUUGUUCUAUGUAAAGGACGUCAGCCAAGGUCGGCCCCCCACAUUUUUACCACGCCAAAUCUGGUCCCCUUUGCAAAAAGUUUGGACACCCCUGCUUUAAAUGGUGGAUUAAUGUACAGGACUGUCUCAGAAAAUUAGAAUAUUGUGUAUUCUAAUUUUCUGAGACAGUCCAGUAUAUCAAGCAAAUCCCUUUUUAUUUUUUUUUAAAUGCACUUUAAUGCAAUAAUUCCUUGAAAAUGUGUGCUUGUGUCUCAAAAGGUCGGCUGCUGUAAGGAAUCUAAAAGGGAAAACAGUUAGUGAGGGAUUAUGGAUGGAUUUACACUCGCGGUCCAAGUACACAAUUCCAAUUUAAACCCUUUUUCUGAUUCUGAUUCUCUACUUACAAAAUUAAUUGGUUUUGGAAGUAGUUUCUUAACUUGAAAAUUCUUUAAGUAGAGACGCGUUUUCCAUGUAAAUGCCCUAAUCCAUUCCAAGCCCCCCAAAAUUCAGACAUAAAUUUUUAGAAUGCAUUAAAAUGUAUCAAAACAUGCAACAAAUAUAAGUUACAAUUAGAUUAUUGCACAAUAAACAUCUGAGAUGGGUAUAAUAUAAAAAACCUAGAAUAGAGUAAAGAAUAAAAGUUGAUACACUCAUGUAAAGCUGUCUGAACACGAGGGGCAAAUGAAUAGGAUGCUGGGAUACACACAUACACAUACAGUAGAGGUCCCUCUUAGCCGAUUGGAUGCUAGGAAUGCUAGGCAAUAGCCAAUGGCAGAGCAGUUAUAAGUAUGUUAGGUUCGGUAAGCUCUAGAAGCUGCAAGAAACACUAAUGUAUUUUUGCCUUUUGUAUCCAGAAAUGUCUUUCUUAACAAGAGGCAAUAUUUUCCCGUUGAGGCGUGUCUUAACCUGAAACUUCUGUAUGCAGAGACGUUCUUAAGUAGAGGUACCACUGUAUUUGGCAAUGUUUAAAUAUUGUAUUUGGACAGAUGUGGGUAUGUGUAUGCUAGUGAUUUGAUAUUCCACUGAUAUACAUUUGCAUUGUAUCCCGUAUGGCUCCAGCUAUCGAUUAUUUGAGUAGUCGAUUCAUCUGUCAACUAGUUAGUUCGAAUAAUCCAGUAAUCGGAUUACAAACAUUUAAUGCGUUGCAGAAUAAAUUUUAGGGAUGUAAAACAGGCUUGCUAAGAUUACACUUUCAAAAUAAAAUUCCCGAGUGUUUCUUCAAACUAUGCAGAAUUGCACUUUUAUUUAAAAAAUACUAGAGCUGUCAAACGCUUAAAAAUUUUAAUCGAGUUAAUUACAGCUUUAAAAUUAAUUAAUCGUAAUUAAUCGCAAUUAAAACUAUCCAAAAAAUAUGCCAUAUUUUUCUUUAAAUUGUUGAAAUGGAAAGAUAAGACACAAGACGGAUAUAUACAUUCAACAUACGUUACAUAAGUACUGUAUUUGUUUAUUAUAACAAUAAAUCAACAAGAUGGCAUUAACAUUAUUAACAUCCUGUUAAAGCGAUCCAUGGAUAGAAAGACUUGUAGUUCUUAAAAGAUAAAUGUUGUAUUAAAACCCCUCUUAAUGUUUUCGUUUUAAUAAAAUUUGUAAAAUUUUCAAUCAAAAAAUAAACUAGUAGCUCGCUAUUGUUGAUGUCAAUAAUUACACAAUGCUCAUGUGGUGCUGAAACCCAUAAAAUCAGUCGCACUCAAGCGCCAGCAGAGGGCGACAAAAUACCAAAAAAACAAAAGUAACAAGUGGACAUUACACUGUGCUGUCAUUUUAAUCUGUUUGAGCGGGGCAUGUGCGUUAAAUGCGUCAAAUAUUUUAACGUGAUUAAUUUUACAAAAAAUUACUGCCCGUUAACGCGAUAAUUUUGACAGCCCUAAAAAAUACAUUAAAAAACUUGAUCUUGGCCUCAAAUGGUAUAAAAGAAUAUAAAUGAGGAUCUAAGUACAACAAAAUAACAGUUGGCUAAUUUGCAUAGCAAAAGUACGCUAGCUUGAAUGCUAUAAAAUGCUACCUUUUUUUUUUUUUUUUUUUUAAACAAUGCUCUCAACAAAUCGUUCAAACACAUAUUCCCACAAAAAAGGCUAAAUAUACCUAUGAACUAAAUUACGAAUGCAUUACAAAAACAUUAGCCCAAACACAAAUUUACCGUAUGUUGGUCUUAACAGGGAGCAGCUAGAUUCAGCCAUGUAAAAUGAGUUAUGCAAUAUUCACUGUCGCCACUAGAAGGCAGUGUUUCCACCCAAAUCAAUAAAACUGAAUGCAAACUUUCAAAACCAACCAUUAAAAUACCACUCUAAUUAAACGAAUACUCGAAGCAGCAAAAUUUGAUUCGAAGCUUUUUUUCCCUAAUCGAAUUACUGGAGUUAAUCGAUUCAUCGUCGCAGCAUUAGUAUCUCAAUUCCGGUCUGAAGAUAUUUCCCAAUUAUGCUACUUGAGGCCCCUCAAAAUUGUAAUUGUGCCAUUUGAACCAUGCGGUGUAAAUCCAGCCUCAGCUAUAAUUUGAGAUAUGUGAUUAGUAAACAUGAUUACUGGAAGUGUGUGUGCAUCAAAGACACAGAAUUGCACUUGCUGUAUAUAUUGUAAAUAGUUCUGCCAAUUAGAACUUUUUUAUACAGACAUGUAACUAAAAAAAAAAGUUGUCAUGGGGAUUUACUGUACAUACUUGUCUAAAAUGCCCACUGAUUUACUGUAUUUGUGUGUAUAUUUCUCCCUUUUCAUGCCACAAUAUUAGAUGCACUUGCAAAGUAAUGUUAGGUUUAGAAAGGUAUUAACGUAGUCAUUUUGUAACUAUGCGCAAAAAUUUACAUUUGUGGUUGAUCAUAGACUAGAUGUGUCUGCCAAAGUGCAAUGCAGUGCUUAAUAUCCACACACUGGACACUUGAGACACUGCAGGAGGAGUUAAUAUUCUCUGCUGUAUAUGGCCUCUAAUCAAAUAAUUAGGUACAUUUCUUGGUUUAAUGUAGUUCUGCUGCAUUGGUCAAUAAAUACCUAUUAUAGUGUUCUCUUUGUUUUGGUGAUGUUUCUGACUGCAAGUGUAGCUAAUAUCGUAGCCGGGGAGUUAGCAGUUCAAGAUGACAUCCGUCGUAACGUACCAGACAAAAGUAGAGCAGAAGCUCCGAGAACAAAGCUGCUAAGUGCUUCUUUUCGCUCGAUACAAGUGCGAAUUGAUUCAAUUAUUUAGCGCGGCCAACGAUGACUGCGUGCAUAGAACACAUGCAGUGCUUCUUCUCUUGUGAGCGUUGUGUAACGCACAGAAUGUUGAAAUCAAAUGAAUAGACCCUGCUUUUAAGCUGGAAGAAGCAAUGGUGGUCUCGAAAUUGCAUUCCAAUAAAAGGCUGUGUAUUUUACUACCUUAUUUAGCUAGUCACAUCAUAUACAGUGGGGCAAAUAAGUAUUUAGUCAACCACCAAUUGUUCAAGUUCUCCUACUUGAAAAGAUUAGAGGCCUGUAAUUGUCAACAUAGGUAAACCUCAACCAUGAGAGACAGACUGUGGAAAAAAAACAAUCACAUUGUUUGAUUUUUAAAGAAUUUAUUUCCAAAUUAGAGUGGAAAAUAAGUAUUUGGUCACCUACAAACGAGCAAGAUUUCUGGCUGUCAAAGAGGUCUAACUUCUUCUAACUAGGUCUAACGAGGCUGCACUCGUUACCUGUAUUAAUGGAACCUGUUUUAAUUAAAAAAUUCAGCCUUAAUGAUAGGAAGUCUUAUUAUUUAUAUUCGGAACACUGGGAAAAUCCAAGGAACUAAGGACAAAUUUUAAGAUAUACCUUGAUAAAAUAUACAGUGGGGCAAAUAAGUAUUUAGUCGACAACUAAUUGUGCAAGUUCUACUUGAAAAUAUUAGAGAGGCCUGUAAUUGUCAACAUGGGUAAACCUCUACUAUGAAAGAUAGAAUGUGGGGGAAAAAAACGAAAAUAGCAUUGUUUUAUUUUUAAAUAAUUUAUUUGUAAAUCAUGGUGGAAAAUAAGUAUUUGGUCAAUACCAAGUUCAUCUCAAUACUUUGUUAUGUACCCUUUGUUGGCAAUAACGGAGGCCAAACGUUUUCUGUAACUCUUCACAAGCUUUUCACACACUGUUGCUGGUAUUUUGGCCCAUUCCUCCAUGAGGAUCUCCUCUAGAGCAGUGAUGUUUUGGGGCUGUCGUUGGGCAACACGGACUUUCAACUCCCUCCACAGAUUGUCUAUGGUGUUCAGAGCUGGAAACUGGCUAGGCCACGCCAGGACCUUAAAAUGCUUCUUACGAAGCCACUCCUUUGUUGCCCUGGCUGUGUGUUUGGGAUCAUUGUCAUGCCGAAAGACCCAGCCACGUCUCAUCUUCAAUUCCCUUGCUGAUGGAAGAAGAUUUUCACUCAAAACCUCCCGAUACAGGGCCCCAUUCAUUCUUUCCUUUUACACAGAACAGUCGUCCUGGUCUCUUUGCAGAAAAACAGCCCCAAAGCAUGAUGUUUCCACCCCCACGCUUCACAGUGGGUAUGGUGUUCUUCGGAUGCAAUUCAGUAGUAUUUCUCCUCCAAACACAAGAACCUGUGUUUCUACCAAAAAAGUUCAAUUUUGGUUUCAUCUGACCAUAACACAUUCUCCCAGUCCUCUUCUGGAUCAUCCGAAUGCUCUCUAGCGAAUCGCAGUCGGGCCUGGACUUGUACUGGCUUCAGCAGGGGGACACGUCUGGCAGUGCAGGAUUUGAGUCCCUGGCUGCGCAUUGUGUUAAUGAUAGUAGCCUUUGUUACUGUGGUCCCAGCUCUCUGUAGGUCAUUCACUAGGUCCCCCUGUAUGGUUCUGAGGUUUUUGCUCACCGUUCUUGUUAUUAUUUUGACGCCACGGGGUGAGAUCUUGCAUGGAGCCCCAGAUCGAGGGAGAUUAUCAGUGGUCUUGUAUGUCUUCCAUUUUCUAAUAAUUGCUCCCACAGUUGAUUUCUUUACACCAAGCGUUUUACCUAUUGCAGAUUCAGUCUUCCCAGGCUGGUGCAGGUCUAUAAUUUUGUCUCUGGUGUCCUUCGACAGCUCUUUGGUCUUAGCUAUAGUGGAGUUUGGAGUGUGACUGACUGAGGUUGUGGACAGGUGUCUUUUAUACCGAUAAUUAAUACAGGUAACGAGUGGAGCCUUGUUAGACCUCGUUAGAAGAAGUUAGACCUUUUGACAGCCAGAAAUCUUGCUUGUUUGUAGGUGACCAAAUACUUAUUUUCCACUCUAAUUUGGAAAUAAAUUCUUUCUUAAAAUCUUAAACAUCAAACAAUGUGAUUUUCUGGUUUUUUUUCCACAUUCUGUCUCUCAUGGUUGAGGUUUACCCAUGUUGACAAUUACAGGCCUCUCUAAUCUUUUCAAGUAGGAGAUCUUGCACAAUUGGUGGUUGACUAAAUACUUAUUUGCCCCACUGUAUAUUAGUGCUCUCAAAAUUUACAGCUUUAAAUCUGGAGAUUAAUAUACAGUAAUAUUCAUUUGUUGUCAAAUAUCGUUCAAGGAAAUUAGUGGUCUAGACAAAUAGUCCUGAAUUCAAUGUGUUUAUACAAUCUGACAGCUGCAGUUGCUUCUUUAAUAUUCCCAUCAUGCCUAGCCUCCUCACCAUGCAUUUAUGUCUCUUGGCAGCUGCAACCCGGUGUCCAUCGCAAUGACAAUCUGACCUGUCUCUUAUGUAACAAGCCCGAAUAUUAACAACACUGUGGCUGCACCAUACACACCUUAAGCCCUGUGUGGAUGAGUUGUGUUGAUGUAUGUGCAAAACACAGCGGGAUGCUGUGCUAAUCUGCCAAAAGCAAGAAUGGAAAAAUCUCUGGAUUUAUUUAAGAGUGCCUUGAAUGCAUUAUUAGGUCGAUGCUUUAAAGCCAUCUGUGCCAGGUCACAUCAAAAUAGGAAAGAGAAUGACCUCUUUCGUGUACCCUUAAUGCUUCCAUCAAGUGAGCAAAUACUCAAUUUAAUGUAACUUCACAAAUCCUGCCUUGCAAAAAUGGAAGUAGACGACAUUUCCAGUCCUGUAUCAUUAAAAUGCAUCGUUCACUAACUUGAAUUUUGAUUGAAUGCAACCCUAAAGACUUGUCUAGGAAAGAAGUAAAGCAUUCAAGCAACACCCUGACGACUGCUAAUUAAAUGAAAAGUGAUGCUUUUUGAAAGUAUAUCCAGUCUGAAAUACUGACGAGAGGAAUUCACAGAAAAACAGCUUGGAAUCUUAUGUAACGAUUUUUUAUUCAUUAAGCCAGUUUAAUCCUAACGAUGUAUCCUUUUAGUACAUUGCAGCUUAAAUAGUCAAGAGUGUUCGACUUUUAAUGUGAAACGAGUCAGCAAACGUAAGCAGAAAUGAUAACAUUCAUUCUCGCAGUGUGCAGUAGAAAGCUUUUUUUCAAAAGUGAUAAAGGUUGAUUCCAUUACGAAAGCGUGGCAUUAAGGCUGUGAAUUUAAAAAAUCAAUUGAAAUAAAUGUACAAUUACUGCAAUGGACAGAUGGGAGAGCAAAAUAUUCAAUCAUAAACAGAAAAUUGUGACUUCAAGAAAAGGAAACCACUGCUUAUUACACAACAACUUAUAGGUGUACCAAUCACAUAGGAAUAAUACAAGAUAUGAAUAGAGUACAUUCAAAAAUAUAAAAACAUUUGGACCCUUGACCAAGUCAAUUUAUGUCCAUUUUUUUUUUUUUUUUUUAGUAUGUUAUCAAAAUGUUUUUCACUGUUGUCAUUUCCCGCAAUGAAUUUUGAAAAUACGACUAAACACUCAGUUUUACUUUUCAUCCAAGGGCGUAGGUUUGCAUAGGGAUGGUAGGGACAUAACACUGCCAACUUUUCAGCAACCUCAUAUGCAUUAAUACGUUCAGUUAUAUAAGUCAUUUAGAUUGUCUUCCCAUUUGUUGUAAGGGUAGAAUUGACCCUAAUACAGCCCCGACAGAAAUACAUGUCGACAUCUUGCUGUCUUCUCCGCCCCCUUCGAAGAUGAGGGGUAUUAAAAGUCUUUUUCGACCAGCAGCAGCCACUUUAAGUAAUUUAAAAAGACGCCAAUGUUGUGGAGGUGGGAUACACACCACUAAAGUUGCUGCUGAAUGUCCGACCUGCAUCAGAGCUUGCAUAACAUUAAACUAUGUGAACUUUUUAACCUGCAAAACUCGAGUGGGAAGCUGCUUAGAGAGAAGUGUCCUUCUGUUUGUGCAUAGACUUUAUAAUAUAUUGACGUGACACAUUCCCCAUUCACUGCAUCACGCCUUCCCGAAGGGCGCCGUCUAGAGAUGUCCCGAUCGAUCGGGUCCGAUCACGUCAUUUUCAAAGUAUCGGAAUCGGCAAAAAAAUAUCGGACAAGCCUUUUUUAAAUAUUUAUAUAUGUUUUAAUUAAAUCAUUUUCUAAUUACAAUAUUUAUUGCAUUUAACGCAUGCGCUGCAUGACACACUCACGCAUUGUCGCGUUCAAUCUAUAAUGGCGCCGUUUUAUCUAUAUAUAGAGGUAAAAGGCAGCGUAAAAUGAGUAGAGUGAAUUUUGGCAGUCUUUGGAGCCUUUUUUUAAUUGGGUAAAGCCUUAAAUGCCCUCUCCCAACGAUUAGAAUAAUCGUGGGAAGCAAUAUGGGAAAGAAAGGUAGUAGUUGAUCUUUUUCUUAACACCCUAUGUAAUUUCCCAACGCAGAGAAGAUAUGUCAAUUGGUACCAUGACGCACAGUCAUGGUUGCACUUCCCAUCAUGCAUUUGAACAGAAGUUAAAUGGCUUCAGUAUAAUUUACUGAAAGCUCAACAAAUACACUAGAUGGCAAUAUUUAGUCACAAUAUACAAAGUCACAUUUAUCGUUUAAGAAUUACAAGUCUUUCUAUCCGUGGAUCCCUCUCACAGAAAGAAUGUUAAUAAUGUAAAUGCCAUCUUGAGGAUUUAUUGUCAUAAUAAACAAAUACAUUACUUAUGUACUGUAUGUUGAAUGUAUAUAUUAGUCCGAGUUUUAUUCAUUUUUUUCUUAAUGCAUUGCCAAAAUGUAUAUGAGCGGGAAAAAUUAUCGGGAAUGAUUGGAAUUGAAUCGGGAGCAAAAAAAAAAAAGCAAUCGAAUCGGGAAAUAUCGGGAUCGGCAGACACUCAAACUAAAACGAUCGGGAUCGCAUCAGGAGCAAAAAAACAUGAUCGGAACAACCCUAGCGCCGUCCCACAUUCCGCUUCAUUUAUUAGCAGAUCUAACUCCAGAUUUAGGUUGAAAAAGUACGAAAGCUGUACUGCAUACAAACAAGAAAGAUUUUCUCAGGAGUGAUUUGUUCAAGGAUUCAAGGUAAUUAUUAUAUGUUUCUUACCAUGCAUGCAUUUUGAAACGUGAAAAAAAAAUCAGCUGCUACAGCAUUGACAUUAUAUUUCGCAAUAUUUAGGUAAAAUAACUGCUAACUGCCCGUUUUUUUGUUUUUAACCAAGAAUGGAGACUGUUUUACGUCCAUAUCUAUAAAGAAUUCAGGGAUUUAAGGUUUUAUUCACAAGAAUUUUCAACAGAAUAUGCUCUUUGUUUAUAUAUGGUGGCCGCUAAUUUGCUUACUGACUAGCAUCAUGGUUCACAAUAUUUACGUAAAAUAAAUGCUAACUGCACGUUUUUUUUUUUUUUUUUUUUUGCUUUUAACCAAGAAUCGAGACUGUUUAACGUCCAUAUCUAUAAAGAAUUCGGGGAUUCAAGCAUUUAUUCACAAAAAUUUUCAACGGAAAAAGCUCUUUGUUUACUUAUGGCGGCCGCUAAUUGCUUACUGGCUAGCAUCAUGGUUCACAAUACUUACGUAAAAUAAAUGCUAACUGCGCUUUUUUUUUCUUUCUGCUUUUAACCAAGGUUCAAGACUGUUUUAUGUCCAUAUCUAUAAACAAUACAGGGAUUUAAGCAUUUAUUCACAAGAAUUUUCAAUGGAAAAAGCUCUUUGGCUGUAAUAUGGCAGCCGCUAAUUAGCUUACUGACUAGCAUCAUAGUUCGAAAUUUGUAGGUAAAAUAAAUGUUAACUGCACGUUUUAUUGUUUUUUUGUUUUUUUUUUUGCUUUUAACCAAGAAUUGAGACUGUUUUACGUCCAUAUCUAUAUAUCUAUAAAGAUAUCAGGGAUUUAAGCAUUUCUUCACAAUAAUUUUUAAAGGAGAAAGCUCUUUGUUUACAUAUGGCAGUCGUUAAUUAGCUUACUGACUAGCAUCAUAGUUCAAAAUAUGUACGUAAAAUAAAUGAUAACCGCACGGUUUUUUUUGCUUUUAACCAAGAAUCGAGACUGUUUUACGUCCAUAUCUAUAAAGAAAUCAGGGAUUUAAGCAUUUAUUCACAAGAAUUUUCAACGGAAAAAGCUCUUUGUCUGUGUUUCCACUCGGAGAUAAGCCCCCUAUGAAUCAGCCCCAUGCCCCGUUUCCCAUCAAUACAUUAUAAAAUCUAUGGUUUGUGUUUUGUACUGUUAACGUUAAUUAAACUGUGAGGAAAUGUAGUGAACUCAGGUUAUGCUGUGAUAUCGUCCCUACCAUUGUUGAGACCAACCCUACGCCCUUGUAUUCAUCCUUAAACUAUGUUAAAAUUUUUCUUGGACAUGUGAAACAAAAAGUUGUGUUGCAUCAUCUGAAAUCAACAUAUUCAUUUAUUAAUCUAAUCAAGAGAAUAAAACAUCAGUGUUUUAUAAAUUUUUUGUAGGUUCCCCCCAAUAUGAUCGUAUUUAACCAAACAGUUUCCAAAUAAAACCAAACAUUAUUUUCUAAAAUAAUUUUUCAAAUAUUUAAAAGUGUAUACAUUCAUUCUAAAGAUCUUUGGGAAACGUUGUCCUGAAACUAAAGGAAACAGCAUUAUUGUCUUGUGUCCUAUUUGGAUGUGUUACCCUUUCUACUUUGUCAACAGUGUUAUCAUUGCCAAUGCACAGAUGUUGCAUAAGGCAUAUACAGUAAGAAGUGAUAUACUGUAGGUCAGUUGUAUAACACAAUUUCAAUACACUACAUACAGGACGACAAAUACACGUAAGGCCUAAUCUGUGUUAGCUCUUUGCUAAUAAUAAUUAAAAAAAAACUGAGUGGAAUGCUAAUACAGACUUAGUAGUCAAUCAUAAGGUUGUCAUGGCUAUCAUUCAUGUGAAAGAUGAAACCAGUAUAUCUAGGCUCUCAUUGACCGUAUUCUCCUACUGUGAUCUUUUGAGCCCUUGAAGAGUCGUGACGGUCUAAUUAAAUGUGUCAUUCCAUUCGCAGUCGACGCUAUCACUUUCAUUUUAAGGUGUUUCCGCUGUGUAGUCACUUUACAACCGACUAAAAAAAGCCGUUCUAUUUGUGUUCGCAAUAUGAGAACCUAAUUUUCUUUCUGUGUAAUUUUAGGUGUAAUGGCACUAUAAAGUGAAAUGGACAUGAGACUUUGACCAGGUUGAUAAAGUGGGGCCAUCAGUAUUUAGUCAACCACUAAUUGUGCAAGUUCUCCCACUUGAAAAUAUUAGG